CGGAAGUCCGCUUGGGACCUCCGUGGCCGCGGCGGGGCAGGGGAGGCUGCGGCGGGCGGCGCCGCCGCUAUGGAGGCCGCAAAGGGCGGGUUCGUCCUCAGCAACCUGGCCGAGGUGGUGGAGCGCGUCCUCGGCUUCCUGCCCACCAAGGCGUUGCUGCGCGCCGCCUGCGUGUGCCGGCUGUGGAGGGAGUGCGCCCGGCGGAUCCUGCGGGCGCGGCAGCGCCUCGCCUGGGUGUCGGCGCUGGAGCCGGGCCCCGCCGACAGCCACGCGCUGGUGCGCGCCAUGGCCCGCGAGCUCGAGAAGGUGCAUGUGCUGCCCCAGACCGUGCUCUACAUCGCCGAUGCGGAAACCUUCAGCGGGCAUGAGGAGUGCCACGAGCAGAAGAAAGCCAGGAAGAGAAACAGCAAAGAAACAGCAAUUGCGCUUGAAAAGCUGUUGCCAAAGCGAUGUCAGGUUCUUGGACUGGUCACUCCAGGGAUUGUAGUUACCCCUAUGGGUUCAAGCAGCAAUCAGCCUCAAGAAAUCGAAGAGGGUGAAGCUGGGUUUGCUUUGUUGUUUCCCAAAAUUGAUGGGGUAAAAAUUCAUACCUUCCAUUUUUCUAAAGAUGUGAAGAACAGGGUCUUUGAUGAAAGUAAAUUUGCUGAAGCAGGUCUGAAGAAUAACCCAGAUCUCAGGGUGGUUCUUCUGUUUGGCUACAACUCCUGGAAGUCUGGAGCUACUCGAUUUCUUCAUCAAAUAGUCAAUCCUUUGAAUGAGAAAAGUAUCAUCCUGGCUGGGGGACAAGUGGAGAGCUUUACAUCAUUGACCUCUGAGAAUAACAAUGCCCAGCCCGGCGACGCCUGCGGUGUGGUUGGGCUGGCUUUCAGCGGUCCCCAGAUCCAGAGUGCCACUGUUCUCUUAGACCAGGAUGUAGCUGAUGAGAGGACAGCAGAAGCCGCCAUGCAGCGUCUCAAAGCAGCAAAUAUCCCUGAGCAUAACACCAUUGGCUUCAUGUUUGCGUGUGUUGGCAGAGGAUAUCGGCAUUAUAAAACCAAAAGGAAUAUGGAAGCAGAUGCAUUUAGGAAGUUUUUUCCAAACGUUCCCCUCUUUGGCUUUUUUGGACACGGGGAGAUAGGAUGUGAUCGAAUAGUUACUGGGAAUUUCGUAUUAAGAGAAUGUAAUGACAUAAAGGAUAACCUGCUUCAUGGCUACACUACCGUUAUGACUCUUAUUCAUCUUGGGUCAACUAAAGCAAACCAAGCGUAAAUAUGUUUUUAAUGUUUCAGUGAGCUGUUUGUUUCAUUCCAGAAAGCUGAGAAGUCUGGAAGAGUGGACAUCUUGCAGUCAAAGCCCCUUCCAAAACGUAAACAUCCUUUUGGUAAUAUUAUCAAAUCUUGUAGUUGGAAUAGAGUUAAUAUGAAAUACCUGCGAGAAAGCUUUGCAUUUUGUGUACACAUCAGAAUUGCAGGCGAGUUGUAUUUGAUGGAAUUCUGCAAUUGAAGAAAGCCUCUUUCUUCCAAAGUGAGAACGGUUUGCACAAAUGGCAGUUGGAGUCCAAAUACAACAUGUAGAAUGAAACGGUACUUUGAUGUGCUCUAUUUAUGUGUGAAAACAGUCCAGAAAAACUACCGCUGCACUCUGAAAUCCUGAUGCACAGAAUCCACCAUUUCCUGGAUUUUUUUGCAAGAGAGAUGCACAACCUGCCCAGAAUCCUAUUUACAAACCCAAAUGGUUUUAUUAGAAUAAAAGAAUGAAAAUCUUUAGAGGAAAAUAACAAAGUGCUCAUUAAAUAAAGAUGAAAAUACAUAAAAGUACCUUGCCCUCUAUUCUUAGAGAAAAAGCUCUGAUUUAAGGAGAUGUUGUCCAGUUACAAGCUCAACUUCUCUCCCCAUCUUGAACUGAAUUUCAGUUGUCUUAAAUAGCUGGUUUAGAAUAAUAUCUGAUACUUUGUGUGUACCAGUGGUUCCAGUCAUGGUGUAUUUAAUUUUACACAAUCCAAAUGUACUUGUUGCCUUUCAGAUUCUUUUGUGGCAUGACGCUCUCUAUUACAAACUUACAAAUCCAGAGUGCUAAAAGUUAAGACAUUAAGACUACCUGGUAUCUUUUAAGUUGCUUUAAAAAGUUGUUUUGCUUUUUAAUUUGAAAUUGCAGGGCAUGCACAAUCUGGCUGUGUUCUGUUGGUGUGGAGCCUCUAAACAAGACCUGUGCUUUUGCAUGUUUUUCCUGUGCUUUUACACCAGGUUUGUUUGCUGCAGCUGGAAUGCAGUAUUGCAAAGUUCAAGUGAGUAAAUUCAGCAUAGUCUUAGUACAGCUAAUAAUAUAUUUGGUUUUUAAUUCUUUCCUCCCUCUUAUUUUCACUUAUUAACAGAAUUACAUGAAAAUAAGAUCAGUUCCACCACACUUCUAAAUUCCAAAUUGGGCAGCUGGCCCCUUUUCAGCAUAGUAAAGAGAAAGUACUUAAGUGUCUGUUGUACAACAAAAUAACAGUAUUUUGCUUUAAAGGUAGCAACUAAGACCACCGUUGGCAACGUGUGGAGUUGAAACUUUUCCCUGGCCUAAGGAGCUAAGGUAGAAGCCUAUCUGUCCUGAGAGUUAACUGUUGGUUUCAGUGGGUGCUGAGCACAGGCAGCACUUUCCCAUGGCUAAGUUGAUGAUAUUUGGUUUUUUUAAUUAGAAGACAGAGGAUGAGUCGUGAACUCCCAGGGGCCUCCUAGGGGUAGGAGAUUAGUAAGUGUGGGUGUGACUUGGAAAACAUUUAGUUGCUGCAUUUAAUAGGAAAGGUAUUGGGAAAUGAAGUAUGCUUGAAUUUUAAGAGGAGCCUCUCGGUGGGAGGUGUAUACGUGUUUUUUCAGCAUAACCAGAAUGUAAUGUUUGGCCCUUUGUCUGCAUAAGCGUCAUGUUUAACAGGAUUCCUAUUGCUGUCAGCAAUGAGUUCAGGGUAGUCAGCAUCACUACUAAUGUAAGCCCAUGAACUUUAAGUAACUUCUUGCUGUAGUAGAAGUAGGUCAAGUAUGAUCAACCACGUGUCCUGAGCAACAGUGCAAACACGUCCAGAAGUGUCCGAAGAAGCAGAUGGUGAGCUCCAACAAUGGUGCAGCAAAACAGGCAGUGAUAGUUUGGCUUGAAGGGGCUGAUCAUCAGUGAGGUCCUGUGGCUGCCCAGUCCUGUAGCUGAGGGCACUUAAAAGGUAAACAUAUAGUACAGAAAAUAUACUGGGGUGGGGGGGGAACCCCAAGAGCCUGCACCAGAGACCCAGCUCACCUCUCCAACCUUAGGGAGUGGGGAUGAGCCAUAGGGACCCCAGAACCAUGCACUGCAGGGCUGGAACCACUAUGCUGUGCCUGCCAGCCUGCGUCAUGUCCUCCAAGUGACAGGGAAGUGAUGUAAUUGAGAAAAUUGCAACAUCUGUGAUUAAAGUGUCUUGCUAUCCAAAUUCA